AUGCGUACCCAGCUCGCUGCGGUAUGCUUGGGCAUAGGCCUUGCAGCUGCCGCUCCAAAGCCUCGUGAUCAGUGGGGAAGUCACUGGGGCACAAGGGACAACUAUCAAGGAAAAGCAUGGCAUGAAAAGCCAGGACGAGGAGAUGGGAAGCCAGAUCAAUGGGGACAUGGAGGCAAUAAAUCAUUAAAUGUCCAGGUUGGACCAAGACCAUAUUAUCUGGUCGAUAAUAUGGACGAUGGCCCUUUGAAGGAGAAGCUGGAAUCCUGCUCUGAGGAUCCUCUCAAGACGAGCAGCUUCUCGAUCUCGCAUCGUGGUGCACCUUUGAUGUUCCCAGAGCACUCGAAAGAAGGAUACAAAGCCGCGAUACGGAUGGGCGCUGGCAUAAUCGAAUGCGACGUAUCCUUCACCUCGGAUCUCGAACUCGUCUGCCGCCAUUCGAACUGCGACCUCCAUUACACGACCGACAUCCUCGCCCACCCCGAACUCGCAGCAAAAUGUUCUGAACCUUUCGUUCCUUACGAUCCAGAAACAGGCACAGCAGCCUCGGCCAAAUGCUGUACCUCCGACAUCACACUCUCCGAAUUCAAAUCCCUAUGCGCAGAAAUGGAAGCCACAACUUUCAACGCAGUGAACACCUCACAAUACAUGGGCCGAAUAGGCUCCACUCCCGACUGGCGAACGAACAUGUAUGCCUACUCCUGCGCAGAACCUUACUCUCUCAAAGAACAGAUCGCUUUAAUCGAUAGCUAUGGCUUGAACUUCACGGCCGAAGCUAAAACACCGGAAAUCCCCAUGCCGUUUCAAGGAAAUUACACGCAAGAAGAUUUCAUACAACAAAUCGUAGACACGUAUAACGAAGCUGGGAUCGACGCCAGUAGAGUCUGGCUCCAAUCUUUCCUCCCAGACGACAUUUUUUAUUGGAUUGAAAACGCCCCCGAAUACGGUGUCCAAGCCGUUUACCUCGACGAACGAGCCGAUCUUACAACCGAUGGAUACGAUGUCGCAGUCGCUUCUCUCCCUGAUCUCGCAUCAAAGGGAGUCAAAAUCAUCUCCCCUAGUAUCUGGCAACUCAUCACGGCUAACAACGAGACUGGGGAGAUCGUGCCUAGUUCGUAUGCUCUUGCUGCGAAAGAAGCGGGUUUGGAGAUUAUUACAUGGAGUUUUGAACGUAGUGGUCCGCUGGAAGUUGACGGGGGAGGGUAUUAUUAUUCGAGUGUGGCGAAUUUGAUCGAUAAUGAUGGGGAUGAGUUUACGGUGAUUGAUGUUAUUGCGCAGAAAGUCGGCGCGACGAAGAUUUUUGCGGAUUGGGCUGGGACUGUGACUUACUACGCCAAUUGUUUUGGGUUGGUUUGA